AAAACACGCAGCGUUUCAACUCCACUUCAGUAACGUGCCUGAAGUAACAUCAGGUUGUGGUCCGCAGAUUACCGAAAGAAGUCAUAUAUAGCAUUCGGACUACUUCAUUUAAUUGAAUGAUGGGACCUAAUAAGCUAUCCAUAGUAUUCGUCUUGGCUGUUGUUUUUUCCGAGAUAUAUCUUGGAGAAUGUUGGAGGCGACGUCGUAGUUCUUGCAGCCCCGAAGAUUGCACUGUAGGCCAGUGGGGACCAUGGUCAUCAUGCUCAGCACCUUGUGGUACUUCGGGCACAAUGUCACGAACUCGAGACAUCGUGACCGCUGCGCAGUGUGGUGGAUCAUGCUCCUUUUCUCUGACUGAUUCCCAGUCGUGUAAUGUUGGUGGCUGUAACGGGAAUGGUGUACCAUUGGCAGAGUCAUGUGACUGUAACGGGGGAUGGUCGGGAACUUGCUGUGAUCAAGGUGAAAACGUAAAUCGUUUGACUCAAUAUUGUAAAUAUUACGACGUACAUUCAGACGAAGUAAACUACGCCAGUGCUGAAUCUACCUGCGCCAGUGGUGGCGGUGAACUAGCCGUGCUAAACACACAACCCAAAUUCCAAAGUGUUCGGAAAUUCAUCGUCGAUAAUAACCUAGAUGAUAAUGUACAGAAGGGUUUCUGGUUUGGGCUUGAUGACCGUGACAAUGAAGGAAGCUUUGUUUGGUCUGAUGGGUCAGCGGUUAGUGCUGGGUUUACCAAGUGGGCGAGCGGACAACCGAACAAUAAUGUACAACUGAGCAGUGAUGGGCAGGAUUGUGUUUCAAUGUGGAAAGAAGCUUUUUUAACAUGGGAUGACACCUACUGCACACAAAUCAGAGGAUUCAUUUGUGAAAUUGAUGCUGGCUGCAAGUAAAACUAUAUCAUAUGUUGACAUGGAUUACUUCGAUAAAUGGAAACUUCGUACUUAGACUAAUUUGCAUAUCGAAACUUUCGUGAUUAUUUGCAUAUCAUUAAUAUUGUAAAUCUUUCGACAAAUUGCGCAUCGUAAAUUCCGUAAUAUCAGAGUCGAUUUAGCUGUGAACGGUACUACCUUCCAUGAGUUACCAUACUUUACAUACUGUGCUACCUGGAUGACAAUACUAUCAUUAUUUAACAGUGUAGUGAACUGUUCUUCAGGGGGCAGGUUGUGAAAGGAGUCAAUCACAUCAGCAGAUGCAUCAAA